AUAUUGUUAUACUUUUUUUUUCAUGUGCUUCUUUACGCGCGGGAUUUACUCUUUUCUAAUUUGCGCUGUGACGCCAGAAAGACGUUUAUUGAUCAAUAUAGACAGGUUCGGUGGCAGAGAAACAAUAUUAAACCGUCACACAUCACAUCCAACUGACGUUAAAGGCUCCCCAGCCGUCUCCAAACGCGCUAAGACGCGCAAAUCAAUCCUAUUGGCCGGAAAUGUGAAUCAUCUAGUGGGGAAUGACGAACGAGAUCACGACUCCGAGGGGUAUAUAUAAACUCCAGAUGUGCAGAUCAUCAAUCCGAAAGCUACGAAGCAUCAUAGACCACAGCACACGCGUUUAGAUUCAGUGCGCAAUGGAGAGGUCCGUCAGAUCCGUGCUGGUGUUCGUGGUUGUUUCCAUCCUCAUCUCCAGCCAUCCCACAGACGCAUGGUACAAGCAGUCCACCGGGCCGAGCUACUAUUCCGUCGGGAGAGCCUCGGGUCUGCUGUCCGGGAUCCGGAGGUCGCCCUAUGUGCGCAGAUCCGAGACAGAAUCAGCGCUGGGCAGCAGCGAGACCCCCGGCGUCUCCAACAGCGUGAUGCCCGACUUCAGCAGCAGACAAACUCCAGUUCUUAAAAACAUGGCCAUCUGCGUAAAGGACAUCUCCCCAAACCUUCAGAGCUGCGAGCUGGUUCAGGACGGUUCAAGCACGUUUCGGUGCAAAGCAGACGUGUUUCUGUCGCUCGACUCGCUGGACUGCUUCACCUCAUGAGCGGAACCCGUCCACCCCCCCCCUC